AUAUCACUCUAUAACCCUUUCCCACAAUAAGAAAAUUAUUAAAGUUUGGAAAGAACAAAGAUGGUACUAAAAACAAUAGAUAUUUUGAAGAAUGAAAUUCCCAUAGAGGAGGAAUCAGUGAUCAUCACUGAAGAUGUUAAGGCUGGUCUUGUUCUUGUGGACAUCAUCAAUGGCUUUUGCACUGUUGGGGCUGGAAAUCUGGCACCACGAGAGCCAAACAGGCAGAUCUGUGAAAUGAUUGAUGAAUCAACAAGGCUGGCUAGAUUAUUCUGUGACAAGAAAUGGCCUAUUCUUGCCUUUCUUGAUUCACACCCUCCUCACAAACUUGAACACCCUUAUCCUUCUCACUGUAUCACUGGCACUGAUGAAUCCAAUUUGGUUCCUGCACUAAGAUGGUUGGAGAAGGAACAAAACGUAACAAUCAGGCGUAAAGAUUGCUAUGAUGGCUAUAUUGGUUCUUUUAAGGAGGACGGCUCUAAUGUAUUUGUCGAUUGGGUGAAAAACAACAAAAUUCAAACUUUGUUGGUUGUAGGGGUAUGUACAGACAUUUGUGUGCUGGAUUUCGUUUGCUCUACAUUAUCAGCUAGGAACCGCGGCUUCCUCGACCCUUUGGAGGAAGUAGUAGUUUACUCUCAUGGAUGUGCCACUUUUGAUUUUCCUGCCUCAAUGGCUAGAAACACCAAAGAUAUUUCACCACAUCCUCAGGUGACUUAUAACAAGUCAAGAAUUUGCUGUUAUGAAAAAAAAAAACAGACCGAUGCACUAAGCUCCCGCUAUGCGCCAGGGCCGGGAAAGGGACGGACCACAAAGGAGCUGAUGCAUCAUGUAGGACUUUAUAUGGCCAAGGAAAGGGGUGCUAAAAUAGCUAGAGAAGUCUCUUUCAACAGCUUGAAGAAACCAUGAUAUAUUGCAAUCUUUUCUUUGGCCACCUGUAAUAUUGAAAGGGUUCUGUAUUUUCAGGAAAUAUGCAGCAGAUGCUGAUGGUUUCUGUGCGUCACCAGUCUCUAUGAUUACAAUAAUGCUACAAUAUGAUCUACAUGUAUAUACAUAUGAAAAUAAUAAGUUAGGAUGUGCUCUAUCCACUAGAUCAACACCCAAGUUUUACUCUUCUAGAGUAUAAUCAUGGAUGAAACUGCCGUGUAUGUUGUGUCCAGUACAUUGCCUAAAUGAAAUAGUGAAGGCUUUGAUAUAUCGUAUGUAGCUUUAACCAUACAACAUUACCAAAAAUUCGUUGAUUCUAUUGUUCAUAUCUCAGACUAUUGCUAGCAUCUGGUGGUAUCUAGUGAACAUGUUCGUAACCAAAUGGUGUCAUUAUCUGCCUGUGCGUGUUUAGGAACCAUACUUGUCCAUGUCGUUUAAAAUACACGCUCCAAAACCAAAAGUAUCCAGCUGUUGCAAGAACAUUCUUUAGACUGCGAAAACAAUUCCUACUCAAAAUGCAUGAAAUCUGAGAAGCAGCAGCUCAACAGAUAAUUCAAGUGCCAUGGAUCAUGAAAUCAGAACAAUAAGACAUUUGCCAAUAUACCAUCUAUCUUCAGAUUCUACUAGAUAGAAUAAAAUUUGAGUAGCCGGAGGUGCUAGCAACAAAACAGUACAACAACGCCCACCCGGGGGGGGGGGGGGGGGGGGG